AGCGCAACGCACAGACGUACAGACGGAGGACGGAAAGCGGUGGGUCUAGCCACAGAUAAAGCCAGGGAGAACAGCAGUAUACACCAUCGUUCUGGGCAGCGGGUAUCGUUCCCGUACGCGGGUCUGCUACAGGUGGCAUGUCGGAGGAGGACCCUCACAUGCCGAAAUGGGCUCUGGACCCCUUGCUGACGGAGUCUAGCCCACUUCAGACUGGAAGGGGCACGGAGGGUCAUGGGGCAGUCGAUGGGGCGGAUGAGCCAGACAGCGAGGCGGAUUACGACUCAGAUUUUUCCGACGAAGACAUGGCACGUUAUUCGGGCGUCCGAACAGUGCGGCGAGGGUGCCUCUUGGACUCGUUGCUGCUGCUCAACGCCAUCACCGUAAUCGCGGCCCUGGGAGUAGGUGUUGCGCAGGGUAUGGUGCUGGGAUACCACAAGGACCUCUCGCCGGAAUCGGUGGCUGUUCGGUGCUACAACAUCUUGUUCUGCAUGUUGAUCAUCAUGGCGGAGCUCGAGUGGACAACGACGGUUCGAGAAAUGUUCGUGCUCCAUUCCUGGAUACCUCGAGGGGUGGUUUACUCCUUCGUCGGUGUCCUGGUACUAGAGGAGGAGGAUGAAAAGGGGCUAGACCUCGGAGGCUUUGGCCUGUACAUCACGAUCAUUGCGUGGAUCAUGGUGGGCAUCGGGGCGCUCUACUUUCUUUUGGGUCUCUGCUGCGUGAAACGAAUCCGGGAUAAAAAAAUGGCGAGGCACAAGACCCUCGUGGCGCACGCGGAGAUGCAAGCAGCUAUGAGAAGAGAUCACGACGCCAUCGCAUGA